UAUAUUUAUACUGGAACCAUUGCGAUAGAUACAGUUAAUGUAAAAAAUAACUUAAUUGAAUUACUUCUUGCAGCAGAUGAGAUGAAUCUUUAUGAACUUACUGAGCAUCUUCAACAACAUAUUAUUGAUUUAAGUCGUUUAAAUGAUGAUUGGAUUAUACAAAAUGCUGUUAAACUCUUUAAUACUAUUUCCCACCGAAAAGGAGUUUUCCCUAAGCUUGAAGAAUUGUGUAAUAAUAUUAUGAUUCAAGACCCAAAAUUAUUUAUUGAUUCUAAUGAAUUUUUGGGGUUAGAUAGUGAAGUUUUACUUUCAAUCAUCCAACUUGAUAAUUUAGAAAUGAAAGAAAUCAUAAUUUGGGAGAAUUUAAUAAAAUGGGGUAUUGCAAAGAAUCCUAAUCUUAAUUCAGAUAAGACAACUUGGAGUAUUAAUGAAUAUGAGAUUUUGAAGGAAGCUAUUUCACCAUUUAUUCAACAUAUUCGAUUUUUUCAAAUGACAUCUCAAGAAUAUUAUUAUAAAGUCCGUCCUCUAG